AGCGAAUAGAAAAAUCCACAUGGACUUCGGCGAGGUAGAAACGGGCACCACAACUGUCAAGUGGCUGGAGAUAGUUAACAAAAGUUGCAUCGAGCAAAUUUACGAGGCUCGAAGAGAUUCGUCUACCAAUCCGCUGGAUCACGUGUUUGAAUUAUGUAGCUACUCUUGGACUUUACUUCCUAACCAUGCGUACAAGUGCAAAAUAUACUAUCGACCAUUCAUGCCAUUCACUGUAAACGUAGAUUACUUUACGAUCGUAAAUUCAAUUGGCGAACGUGCGGAAAUCCAAGUCCGCGGAAUGUGUAUUGGACCUGUGGUCUCCUCGUCCGCCACGAGAUUAGUCAUGAUGUGUACGAACGAGAAUCGUGAAGUGAAGAAACGGAUUAGACUCGUCAAUGAUUCGAAAGCCACGGCGACUUUCAUGUUCGACUCGCUUCGAAAGCCGUUUGAAGCAAAUCUGCGACACGGACACAUCGGGCCCUAUUCUCACAAAUUCGUAACAAUUACUUUUGCACCACGGGAAAACGGGAUCUACGCGUGCCAUUUUCCGUGCCUAAUUCUGAAUCACAAACCGAUUAUCAUAGAAUUAUACGGCUACUGUUGCACAGCGUUGCGUAAAACGAGCACACAGACCCGUUUUAAUUAUCCUACGAGAUUAAAAAAUGGUUUCGAAGGAUAUACAAGCGAUACUGUUGUUGCCAUGCAAAAUCUUCCUACGGUUUCUUCGUCGAAAAAUUGUAUCGAUUUCGGUCAGGCCGACGUAGAGGCGGAAAACGCUGAGCGAAAAAUUCCAGAAACCCUGUGUCUUACUAAUCACAGCCAGUCCGAUGUAUUAAUUAAAUGGGACCAAGAUGUUGAAGGAAUUUUCAUUAUAACACCCACUGUCACGAGAAUACCGGCGAACCAGACGGCUCUGUUUGAAGUCGCGUUUAAUCCCGACCGAACAAGCAGUUUCUUUGCGAGAGAUCUCGUUGGAGAUGUUUUUGUUAAGCCGCAAGAAGAUCGCUUUGGAGAAGAAACUCUGACAUUCCCUGCAAUCACAACCGUGCGGCUAAUAGGUCACUCCUUUCGCGUUUACUCCGAUGGUUGGAUUCCUCAGUAUGAGAUACCUCACGUAGUUAAGAUGCCUCCUUGUGUACCCUCAUCGCCGACAUACGCCACAUUUCUAAUACGAAGAUACGGGCAUUUACCGCUGAUGUAUCACUUUGUACCGCCAGCAUCGAGUCACUUUGUCGUGAAGCCGAUGAUGGGCAUAAUUCAUCAAGAUUAUCAGAUCAUUGCAGUCUGCAUGUUACCCGGAAACGAUGAUAAACGCGUUUAUAUGGAACGUUGGGCAAUACGUUUCAAUGGAAAUAUAAAAUCGGAAUGUUUCAUAGAUUUUCAGGGAUACACGGAAUAUGCGGAUGUCAGUUUUAGUGAUCGGAAUACCGUGAAUUUCGCAUCGACGUUUCCAGGCUGUCAAAGUCUGCAGCAGUUUUAUAUGCGAAACGUCACUCGACAUGUAAUAAAUUAUGAAUUCAUUAAUGUGACACCUGAACUUCAAAUACAAAAUAGAAAUGGCGAAAUUUACUCAAACGAUAUAAUUACUCACAAAUGGUUAUUUUGUCCUACAACACUUGGAGAUUACGAAUUUGACAUAAACUGCAUAUUGGUCGUACUGAAAGAUGGAAUUCCCGUUGGCCCUAACGUCUGCGUAACAUUACGUGUAACAGGAAAAUGCGAAUCUGGUGUUCUUGUGUCAGCGCCAGAUGAAUUAAAUUUUGGAAUUCAGGCAUACAAAGAUACGAAAGAAUUAAGUUUUCACGUAUUUAACUUGAGUCCCGUAAACAUCUAUUACAAAAUGACAUGUAUUCAUUGCAAUUGGCCAAUUGGAAAUAUAAAACGUGAUGUAAAAAUACAUCCGAUUGCGGACACUGUUGUUGCCGGAAAAGAUAAAAUCAUUACUGUUCUUAUCACACCUACUACUCCGGGAUUUUAUGAAUUUUUUAUUCAGUAUUUUGUGAGGAUGAGCUCUGAUAUAAACACAGAUUUAAUUCUGAAUCAGAUUCCGAGAAAUAUUUGUAAAGUGAGCUGUUUAUGUGUAUUGCCUACUUUGAAGGUAACAGAUUUGCAAUGUUACGGAUCUUACCCAGUGAGCAAAAUUUUCCUUUGGAAGCUGAUGAAAAUAAACAUGCUCAAUAUAUUAUUCAAAGAUUUGCAACCAGGGACAUCGCAAACGUUUUACAUAAAUUUUCCAGCAAUGGUUUUACAUAGUCCAAAGGUUAUUGUAAAAUUGCUUAUAACAAACGUAGCUGCAAUAAGUGCUUCGUGGAAUAUCAAAAAAGUACAGCUCUGUUCUUGUCGGCCAGUUGUAAAUACUCAAGGCUGUCUUAAAUUUCAACGUGCAAAGUACGAUUGUUUGCAUAGGAAAGUGUGUUCUAUACAGCCAAAAGCGGGAAAUCUUGAACCAAGAGAAGAGAUCUGGAUAUCACUAGAGCUGCGUUAUUUAUUAUUAGGCCAGACCGAGACAAAGUGGGACUUAGACCUCGGAGAUAAUCGUCACAUUUUUUUCAUUAUGAUAAUUGAAUGUUUAUCUGAUUCUGAUAAAAAGCUUCAGGUUUUAAACGGCACGCAUUUCAAAUUUCAACAUGUUUAUUUUGGAGAAAAAGAUCCUAUCUAUCAGGUUAUUUUUGUUGCAUUUAAACAUACAAAUAACGUCCAUAACGUGAAAAUUUUUCAGGGGAAAUUGCGUUUGACUUUGGGUGACAGAGAAGAAGAACUGACACUCGAAGGCGAAUCUUCCUUGCCACAUGAACCAGCAACAAUUACAGAAUAUGUUCCAAGCGAACAAAGCUUCGAGGAUGAGGAUAUUCCCAUAUACUUUAGUACUGACUGCAUAAAUAUUUCUCACAUAGCUACACACAGCCAUGUAGUUAAGAUGAUUAUGAUACAUAAUAAUUUGAUGCAAGACGUACUUGCCUACGAAUGGAAAAGACAUGAGACAUCUGAAAUAAUUCACGUGGAAAUUUAUCCGUCAAAAGGCUUGAUAAAACCAAGGACUGUCAAAAGUUUCCAUGUAACUAUAUAUACUAAAGGCUAUCCUUGCAUGAUUGAUAUUAAUAUACCAUGCGAGUUUAUUAAUACUAGCCAAAGGCGGAUCUAUCAACGAAGUGUAUACAUUCUCGAAGGCUUGUAUCAGGAACUGAAGGGACAGUUUACUAUUACGGAAAAAGGCAUCAGCGUUCCAAAAUUACCGGUGAAAAUCUUGGAAAAACCUCUGCCAUUUUACAAAGCCAUAACAAUUCAAUGUUCUAUCUAUAGCGUAGAAGACAAAUUCCUGAAAGUUAGUCUAAUGGAAGAAUUAAUAAGUGCGCCGCCAAAAGGAAUAUGCAUUGAGGAAAAUGAGAGAACGAUGACAUUCGGCAAAAAAGAUAUUAGUCGAGCUUCGUUUAUUAUAGAAGGUCUACUGUGGGAAAUAGUCAACAGUAAACUGUUCGGAAACAUAAUGCAAAACAUUUUAUGGAAAAAAUCAAAUUUAUUUUAUUCGCAAUUUAGAAUGAAUUUGCACGAAAGAAAAAAAUUGAUACAGAGAUCGUACAUUUCACCACCCCGAGCGUUAAUUAAUCGUAUACUUGAAGAGAUGUUAUUCAUCAUAAUGCACGAAGAAUUCGCUUUAAAGACUGCACAUUUAAUUCAGUCCACAGAUAUUAGACACAUAAACUACUUGAACAUAGUACCUAGCAUGAGUAGGAAAAAGUCAAUUAGACGAGAAACGUCGUUGCUACAAGACAUAUCCUCUUCUAUGGUAUCAGGAUUAUCCUCAACCAGAAUAUCUUUCAACUUAUAAUUAUAUACAAUAGC